AUGGGUAAAAAAGCUAUUGAUUCUCGUAUCCCAGCUCUCAUCAGAAAUGGUGUUCAAACAAAUCAGAGAUCAUUUUUCGUUAUCGUUGGUGACAAUGCUCGUAACCAGCUACCGAACUUGCACUAUUUAAUGAUGAGUGCUGACCUCAAAAUGAAUAAAUCCGUGUUAUGGACGUAUAAGAAGAAACUCUUGGGUUUCACUUCACACAGGAAGAAGAGAGAAGCAAAGAUUAAGAAAGAGAUCAAGAGAGGUACCAGAGAGAUAAAUGAACAAGAUCCUUUUGAAACUUUCAUCUCUAACCAAAACAUUCGAUACUGUUAUUAUAAGGAAACUGAAAAAAUUUUGGGUAACACUUAUGGUAUGUGUAUCCUACAAGAUUUUGAAGCUUUGACUCCAAAUUUGCUAGCAAGAACCAUCGAAACCGUUGAAGGUGGUGGUAUCAUUGUUAUCAUGUUAAAGUCCAUUUCCUCUCUAAAACAGUUAUACACUAUGACUAUGGAUAUCCACUCUCGUUAUAGAACGGAAGCUCAUGACGAUGUCGUGGCAAGAUUCAACGAAAGAUUUAUCUUGUCCUUGGGUUCGAAUGAAAACUGUUUGGUAGUAGAUAGUGAGUUAAACGUUUUACCUAUAUCUGGAGGAAAAAACGUAAAACCACUUCCACCAAAGGAUGAUGAAGAAAUUUCACCAAAAAAUCAAGAACUAAAAGAAUUGAAAGUGUCUUUAGAAGAUGUUCAGCCUGCGGGAUCAUUAGUUGCUCUUUCAAAAACGGUUAAUCAAGCUCAUGCAAUCUUGACCUUCAUUGAUGCCAUUUCAGAGAAAACUUUAAAUUCAACUGUAGCAUUGACGGCAGGUAGAGGUAGAGGUAAAUCAGCUGCUCUAGGUAUUUCUAUUGCUGCUGCUGUAUCCCAUGGUUACUCCAAUAUCUUUGUAACAUCUCCUUCCCCUGAGAAUUUGAAGACUUUAUUUGAGUUUAUUUUCAAAGGAUUUGACGCUCUAGGCUAUCAGGAGCACAUUGAUUAUGAUAUCAUUCAGUCCACCAAUCCAAGCUUCAACAAAGCCAUAGUCAGAGUAGACAUCAAGAGAGAACAUAGACAGACCAUUCAAUAUAUUAUUCCAAAUGAUUCUCAUGUGUUGGGACAGGCAGAACUUGUUGUCAUUGAUGAAGCUGCCGCAAUUCCACUACCACUUGUAAAGAAGCUUUUGGGUCCGUACUUAGUGUUUAUGGCAUCCACUAUUAACGGUUAUGAAGGUACCGGUAGAUCUUUGUCUUUGAAAUUGAUUCAACAGCUAAGAACUCAAUCCAACGGUACUGGCCGUGAAGAUUCCGAAACAGCACUUGUUUCCAGAGAUUCAAAGAAACAAGAAGUUCAAACAAGUGGCCGUUCUUUGAGAGAAGUUGUCUUAGAUGAACCUAUCAGAUACGCUCCUGGUGACCCAGUUGAAAAAUGGUUGAAUAAAUUACUUUGUUUGGACGUUCAACUAAUCAAAAAUCCAAGAUUUGCUGCUAGAGGCACACCUCAUCCAUCUCAAUGUAAUUUAUUCAUCGUCAAUAGAGAUACUCUAUUUUCUUAUCAUCCUGUUUCUGAAAAUUUUCUGGAGAAGAUGAUGGCUCUUUAUGUCGCAUCGCAUUACAAGAAUUCUCCUAACGACUUGCAAUUAAUGAGUGAUGCACCUGCUCAUCAACUAUUCGUUUUAUUGCCUCCCAUCGAUCCAAAAGAUGGCGGCAGAAUACCUGAUCCCUUAGUGGUCAUCCAGGUCGCAUUGGAAGGUGAGAUCUCGAAGGAUUCUGUCAGAAAUUCUUUGGCAAGAGGUCAAAGAGCUGGUGGUGACUUAAUUCCAUGGCUAAUCUCACAGCAAUUUCAAGAUGAAGAAUUUGCCGGUUUGAGUGGUGCCCGUGUUGUUAGGAUUGCAACCAAUCCGGAAUACGCCUCUAUGGGUUAUGGGUCUAGGGCUCUGGAGUUAUUGAAAGAUCAUUUCGAAGGUAAAUUCACCGAUUUGAAUGAAGAUACGGUACAAAAGGACUACACAAUCAAGAGAGUCGAUGACAGGGAUUUGAAGAAAGCAGACCUCUUGAAAGAUGAAAUCAAAUUAAGGGAUGCAAAGACGUUGCCACCAUUGCUUCUGAAACUCUCAGAACAAACCCCUCACUUUUUGCAUUACUUAGGUGUUUCAUAUGGUUUAACAAAAUCUUUACAUAAGUUCUGGAAAAACAACGGAUUUGUCCCAGUUUACUUACGUCAAACAGCGAAUGAUUUGACUGGUGAACAUACAUGUGUUAUGGUUAAAGUUCUUGAAGGUCGUGAAUCAAAAUGGCUGGCAGAAUUUGCCAAAGAUUUCCAUAAAAGAUUCUUGUCUUUAUUAUCGUUCGACUUUAAGAAAUUCACUGCCAUCGAAGCGUUAAAUGUCAUUGAAUCUGCUAAGAAGGGUGAAACACUAGACCAAGACUCGGAGGGCAGAUCGUUCCAGAAUAAGGUUUUAACAAGGGACCAAUUGGAUUCCAUCUUUUCUCCAUUCGAUCUAAAGAGGUUAGAAAGCUAUGCUAACAACUUACUGGAUUAUCAUGUCAUUGUUGAUCUUCUACCAAUGAUGGCAUUGCUAUACUUUAGUGGAAAGCUGGGUGACGGUGUAUCAUUAUCAAGCGUACAAUCGUGUAUACUACUUGCAAUUGGUUUGCAACACAAGGGCAUUGAUGACAUAACGAAAGAGUUGAACUUACCAUCCAAUCAAACUAUUGCCAUGUUCUCCAAGAUUAUCAGGAAAUUCACCAAUUUCUUCAGGGAAGUUUUAAGCGAGUCUAUUGAAAAAACCUUACCUCAAAUCAAGGACCAAGAAAUUGCCGAAAUGAAUGGCGAAGAAGUGUUGUCUUACAAUGCUGCCGAAGUCAUUGACAAAAUGGAAGAUGACCUUGAAAAUGCAGGGAACGAAGCUAUCAGCGCAAUGAGAGAAAAGCAGAAAGAAUUGAUCAAUUCCUUGAACCUAAAUAAAUAUGAAAUUGAUGAAACUGGCGAGGGCUGGGAAGAAUCUUCCAAAGAAUUGUCAAAAGCUGUCAAAUCCCAAGGAACUGUGGCCAUCAAGUCCGGCAAGAAGAGAAAACAAGAAAGUGCAGAACAAAUUCUCAACGAAGAGAUGGCACCAUCCAGGAAGUUCAAGAAGAAAGGUAAAAAAUAA